UGCGCCCAGGCCGCCGCCUUCGAGCAGUUCCCCCGGCAACGUCUCCGAGCCGUUCCCCCGGCAACGCUCUGCAGGCGCAGUCCCGGCCGCCAUGGACUCGCUGUCGGGCGCUGGGCCUCGCCGGGCUCGCGGCCGCUUGGGCGAGGCGUCCCCUGGAGCGCGGGCUGCGGCGGCGCCCUGGGCGCGCUUCUCGGCCUGGCUGGAGUGCGUGUGCGUGGUCACCUUCGACCUGGAGCUAGGCCAGGCGCUGGAGAAAAGCAGCAUCUGCUACCUGUCUUUUCCCGACUCCCACUCAGGCUGCCUCGGAGACACUCAGUUCAGCUUCCGCAUCCGGCAGUGUGGUGGGCAGAGGAGCCCCUGGCACGCGGAAGACAGACACUACAACAGUGGGGCUCCCGUGUCCUUGCAAAGGGAGCCGGCACACUACUUUGGUUACGUGUACUUCAGGCAGGUGAAGGACAGCUCCGUGAAGAGGGGCUACUUCCAGAAGUCUCUGGUGCUGGUAUCCCGCCUGCCCUUCGUCCGGCUGUUCCAGGCGCUGCUGGGCCUCAUUGCCCCUGAGUACUUCGACAGGCUGGCACCGUGCCUGGAAGCGGUGUGCAGUGAGAUUGACCAGUGGCCCGCCCCCACGCCUGGGCAGACCCUGAAGCUGCCUGUCAUGGGAGUAGUCCUCCAGGUUCGCAUCCCGUCCAGGGUGGACAAGCCAGAAUACAGUCCUCCAAAGCAGUGCAGCCAUGAGAGUCUGCUGCCCACCCCAGUGGUCCUUGCCAGUGUCCACGAACUGGACCUGUUCAGGUGUUUCCAGCCGGUGCUGACCCACGUGCAGACUCUGUGGGAGCUCAUGCUCCUGGGGGAGCCCCUGCUGGUCCUGGCGCCCUCACCCGCCAUGGCCUCCGACCUGGUGCUGGCUCUGAUCAGCUGCCUGCAGCCCCUCAAGUUCUGCUGUGACUACCGCCCCUAUUUCACCAUCCAUGACAGCGAGUUCAAGGAGUUCACCACACGCACGCAGGCCCCACCAAACGUGGUCCUGGGAGUCACAAACCCUUUCUUUAUCAAAACACUCCAGCACUGGCCCCACAUCCUCCGUGUUGGGGAGCCCAAGAUGUCGGGGGAUCUUCCUAAGCAGGUCAAGCUGAAAAAGCCCUCUAGGCUGAAGACCCUGGACACCAAGCCAGGCCUCUACACGGCUUACUCCGCCCACCUCCACCGAGACAAGGCGCUGCUGAAGCGGCUGCUCAAGGGCCUGCAGAAGAAGAGGCCGUGGGACACACAGACGGCAUCGCUGAGGCGGCACCUCCUAGAGCUCACCCACAGCUUCAUCAUCCCCCUGGAGCACUACAUGGCCAGCCUCAUGCCCCUGAAGAAGAGCAUCACACCUUGGAAGACUCCUCCCCAGAUCCGCCCCUUCCGCCAGGAUGACUUCCUGCGCAGCCUGGAGCACGCAGGGCCCCAGCUCACCUGCAUUCUCAAGGGCGACUGGCUGGGCCUGUACAGGCGGUUUUUCAAGUCCCCCCACUUUGAUGGCUGGUACCGGCAGCGGCACAGAGAGAUGGCCCAUAAGCUGGAGGCCUUGCACCUUGAAGCUAUCUGUGAGGCGCAGAACAUUGAGACCUGGAUGAAGGACAAGUCUGAAGUGGAGGUCGUGGACCUAGUCCUGAAGCUUCGGGAGAAGCUGGUGCAGGCACAAGGCCACCAGCUCCCGGUGAAGGAGGCGACGCUUCAGCGGGCACAGCUGUACAUCGAGACAGCCAUCGGCUCUUUGCCCAAGGACCUGCAGGCUGUCCUGUGCCCCCCCUAGGACAGAGCCAAAGGGCAAGGUCCAGGGAUCUGGGUCUGGCCCAGCUUCCUCAUCCUCAGUGAGAGGUGGUCCCAACCAAGCGCGAGCUCCCUGCUGCUGCUCCCCAGCCUUGGCCUCCUGUCAGCACCACUGUUGUUCCAGCAGUAAAGGUGGCAUUUGGACCCACA